CCGUCCGUUGUCCCCGUGGUCCUCUGGUCGUCAGCGCCACCGCCGUCGCCUGGUCCUCAGCACCGCCGCUUCGUCUUCGCUGGCCUCUCGCUUCGUCUUCGCUGGUCUUUGCUUCGUCAGCACCCAGGGUACUUCACUACUAAGUCAAAGGCGAGUAGGCGACACUCUCAUAUCGUUUCAUUUUCCAAAUACACAAAGGCUGAAAGGAUUGUAUUGGGAUUGAUUACCAGUAGGCAUAGAAUGGAGAAGGGCUUAAGUAGCAUCACCACCAGCAGCAGCAAGGAAGGGUUACCUCUCACCCCUCAUUCCAACUUCAAAACUGCUUCCACCGACGAUGACCUCGCUCACAUCCUCUUCAACAUCAAAUCCUCCAAAACUUCCGCUGUUAUCAAUUAUGGCGCCUCUUGGUGCCGCGUGUGCAGUGAAAUCCUCCCUGCAUUCCAUAGAUUGAGCGAUAAUUUUCCAAAGCUCUCCUUCGUCUAUGCAGAUAUUGAUGAAUGCCCAGAAACAACUCAACACAUUCGAUACACCCCUACUUUUCAAUUUUUUCGAGAUGGUGAAAAGGUAGAUGAAAUGUAUGGUGCUGGAGAAGAGAGGCUGCGUGAUCGCGUCUGGUUGCACUCUUGAGUACACUAUACAAUGUCAUUUUUAUUGUCAGAGUUAGGUGACAUGCUUGCAAUUUUCCAGUAGAUGUAACAUUGUGAAUCAUGAACAAUUCAGUGAAUAUUCAGGCAAACCCAGUAUCCAAUGUUUCCAUUUGAAACUACAACCAUAUAAACCGUCCUUUUAUGAGGUAAACAGCUUCAUAAAUUGAUAAAAAAAAAAUAUAUCACGUAGAUAGCAUUUUAAGUUUACACCAACUACACGAGAUUGGCUGCAAAACAAUCAACAGCAUAAAUGAGAAAAGAAUCGGUAACGGUUUAAGAAAUUUGAAGUGGUAAAACCGAAAAAAAAAUAGAGGCAGCUAAUGCUGCAAACUCCUAUUUUACUAACGUAUCCGCCUAAGAAGCAUAUCUAACCCUCGUUCCUCAUAAAACUGUGAAACGUAAUCUUCAAUAAGAGGUACGCAUUGAAGCUCCUUUUAUUUUCUUGUUUACCCAAAGUCUGAAAGAUGGCUGCGAUGAUAACCACCUGUAAUCUGGCUAUCUCAUCAAGCCUUGGGCUUGAGCAUCUUCACCGUCUCCCAAGUGAAAUCAGGAUCGUCACGUCCGAAAUGUCCGUAAGCAGCAGUCUUCUGGUAC